UAUAAACUUUAGUGUUCUCUGAUUAGAAAAAAAAUUCUUUAAACAAGAAAAUGUCCUUAGCCGCGGGGAAAGCGGCGAAUAUACGCCUCACUUUGCAAAAUAUAAUCCAGUCGGGAGGUUCGCACAAGGACCAAGCGGAGAAAUACCGGCUUACGCUGGAAUCGAUCCUGAGGGGUCACGGCGACGAGCUCAUUGAGUGUUUGCAAGGGUUUAUCGAAGCCAUCGUCAAUGAAAAUGUCAGUCUGGUGAUAUCGAGGCAAAUCCUGACGGAAAUUAGCAGUCAUCUGAUGAAGUUACCCGAUGAAGUGUCAAAAGCCGUCUCACAUUACAUGUUGGAAAAAGUUCAGCCCAGAGUAAUUUCGUUUGAGGAACAAGUGGCAAGCAUUCGGCAGCAUUUGGCGGACAUUUACGAACGGAAUCAACAGUGGCGCGAGGCGGCCGCAGUGUUAGUCGGGAUUCCUCUCGAGACCGGCCAGAAACAAUACUCGGUCGAUUACAAACUGGAGACGUAUCUCAAAAUAGCCAGGUUGUACUUGGAGGAUGACGAUCCAGUACAAGCCGAGGCGUUCAUUAAUAGAGCGUCUCUUUUACAAGCGGAAUCGAGAAACGAGCAGCUCCAAAUAUACUACAAGGUUUGUUACGCAAGAGUGCUCGAUUACAGGCGGAAAUUCAUCGAAGCUGCGCAGAGAUACAAUGAAUUGUCAUACAGGAGCAUCGUUCACGAAGACGAACGCAUAACCGCACUGAGAAACGCUCUUAUAUGUACCGUGCUUGCUUCAGCAGGCCAGCAACGUUCCCGAAUGCUCGCGAUACUGUUCAAGGACGAACGUUGCCAGCAACUUCCGGCGUUUGGCAUUCUGGAAAAAAUGUACCUCGAAAGGAUCAUUCGCCGGUCGGAACUGAGAGAUUUCGAGGCCCUGCUGCAGCCUCACCAGAAGGCGACGACCGUCGACGGAUCGACCAUUCUAGAUCGCGCCGUGAUCGAACAUAACCUUCUAUCGGCGAGCAAACUUUACAACAAUAUCAGUUUUGAGGAGUUGGGGGCGCUGCUCGAGAUCAAUCCGACGAAAGCGGAGAAAAUCGCUAGUCAGAUGAUCACGGAGAGCCGUAUGCACGGCUACAUCGAUCAGAUUGACUCAAUAGUGCACUUUGAAACCCGAGAAACCUUGCCGCAGUGGGAUAAGCAAAUUCAGUCGCUGUGCUAUCAGGUUAAUUCGAUUAUCGAGUCGAUAUCCAAGAGCCAUCCCGACUGGAUGCUCAAAGUCAUGGAAGAACAAAUGAUUUCUUAAGUGUUGUUUAAAAUGUAUUUAUCCCAACUCCGCAACGUGUUUUUAUUCUCCGUUCCUUGUUUGAAAUUAAAAUGCCCGUUUUUACACCGCUACCUUGUUUUUUCAUGUCU